AUGGCUACUGAAGCUGCUGCUCCAACUGCAACUGGGACUGGACUGACUGCUGUUGUUGACGAAGGAAAGCGAUGGACCUACCUCGACAACAUUCGCAAGAGUCCAGGCCCUUUCAGCGAUCCUGAUUUCGCCGGAACAGAGGAAGCUUUCGAGCAGUUUGACAAGAUCAAAGUCUUCGGUGCUGGUGGGCUAGGGUGCGAGAUUCUGAAGAACCUAGCUAUGUCCAAGUUCAAGGACAUACAUGUCAUCGAUAUGGACACCAUCGAUAUUUCGAAUCUCAACCGGCAAUUUCUAUUUAGAAAGUCCGACGUGGGCAAGUCCAAGGCCGAGGUCGCGGCCCAGUUCGUUAUGCGCCGUGUUAAAGGCGUUAAGAUCACAGCCCACAACUGCGCCAUCCAGGAUUUCGACCAUGACUUCUACAAGCAGUUCCAGUUCGUCGUUUGUGGCUUGGACAGCAUUGAAGCACGGAGAUGGAUCAAUGCAACGCUUGUUCAAAUCGCCGAGGAGGGUGAGGACCCCGACUCCCUGAUUCCCAUGAUAGACGGAGGUACAGAGGGCUUCAAGGGACAAGCUCGAGUUAUUGUGCCCUCAAUCACUUCUUGCAUCGAGUGCCAAUUGGACAUGCAUGCGCCACGAGCCGCUGUUCCCCUCUGUACUAUCGCCUCUAUCCCACGCCAACCCGAACACUGUAUAGAGUGGGCGCAUGUUAUCGCCUGGGAAAAGGAGAAACCGUUCCCUCAACUGGACAAAGACGACUCUACCCAUGUGUCUUGGCUCUAUCAGAAGGCCCUUGCCCGUGCUCAAGAGUUCAAUAUCACGGGCGUGACGUACGCUCUCACACAGGGGGUCAUCAAGAACAUUAUCCCCGCCAUCGCGUCCACAAACGCCAUCAUCGCAGCAGCAUGCUGCAAUGAAGCUUUCAAGCUUGCCAGCUCGGCUGCACCGACGCUCGGAAUGGAAGAAAACUACAUGAUGUACUCUGGUAACGACAGCAUCUACACCUACACCUUCAAGCACGAAAAGAAGGACGACUGCCCUGUAUGUGGACAACGGUCGCGGCCUCUGGAGGUCGACCCCAAGACUACAUUACAGGAUCUCCUGGACUCAUUCGCCGUCCGUCCAGAGGCCCAGCUGAAGAGGCCAUCCAUCAGAGCCGACAACAAAACUCUGUACAUGCAGUCCCCGCCCAGCUUGGAAGAGCAGACACGGCCCAACCUUGAUAAAACAAUCGAGGAGCUCGAGUUGGAAGACGGGCAGAAUGUUCUCGUCACGGACCCUGCGUUUCCUCUCCAGUUCAACUUCUAUCUGCGGUUCAAGACGACGGUAUAA